CCCAGUCUAUCCCACUGAGCUGGUCAUAGGCUUGGACAUGUCCCAGGAUGUGGACCUGCAGGCGUUUAGAAGGAUGACCAGCAGCAUGUAUGACCUUUUGAAGGACAUCUCCAUCUCUGAAAGCAACUGCCCCAAGGGAGCACGUGUCGCAGUGGUCUCCUACAACGACAUCACCAAGCACCGUAUCCGUUUCUCAGACUACAGACAAAAGGCCAAGCUCUUGGAGUUGGUGAAUGGCACUACCCUCGAACGCAGCUCGAGCAGGCUCAAUAUUGGUCAGGCCAUGCAGUUUGUGGCAAGGCACUCCUUUAAGCGAACCAGAUGGGGCACACUGAUGAGGAGGGUGGCCAUCUUCUUCUCCAACGGCGCCUCUGAGGAUGCCACUGCCAUCAACACUGGCAUGCUGGAGCUCAAAGCCAAUGACAUCCAAACGGCAGUGAUUGCCCUUAGAAACACCCCUAAUGUCCAGCGUGCAUUUGAGGCAGAUGAAACAAGAAGCUUCAUAUUGCAAACUCUUCGAGAGGGACCGGACCAGUUAAGCCAGCUGACAAAGAUCCAGCGCUGUGCUAUCUGUUAUGAUUUUUGCCAACCUGAUCCAGAAUGCAGUGACAUCGACCUGCUAAGACUGAAUGUAGACUUGGAUCUUGAUCUAACGUUGCUGGUGGAUGGAUCUCGGACAAUGCAAGCAGACGAGUAUGUGGCAGUGAAGGAGCUCUUGGCUUCGGUUCUGGAGAAGAUACAAGUGAGCGAGCAGCCAGAGAGGUCAGACAAACAGGCCAGAGUGGCUCUGUAUCAAACGUCCCCCUCUUACCACCCAGAUGGACGGCUGGGAGAAGACAACCCUGUGCAGAGGGAGUUCGACUAUACGAGCUACACAAACACCGAGGACAUGAGGAAGCACCUCCUGGAGGACGUACACCAGCUCGGUGGCAUGGCGAGUCUGGGACACGCCGUCGAGUGGGUCAUCGACAAAAGCGCCGCGUCCCCGAGCCCGCGCAAGCACAAAAUGGUGCUGGCCGUAGUGGGCGACGAGACCAGCGAGGGGGACAGAGCCAAGCUCGAACAGGUCUCCAAGCUGGCCAAGUGUCAAGGAGUGGGGGUGUUCGCUUUGACAACCGGACGCAAGUACAAUGCCCAAGUGGAGAAGCUGGCCAGCCCCCCGCUGGAUCAGCACGUUGUCCACCUGGGGGAGGGGAACCUGGGACAGAAGGAGUACACUCGCCGCUUCCUGCAAGCUUUCUUGGGCACUCUGAAAAAGGGAUUAAAUAAUUAUCGUGAACCAAGGAUGUGUGUCGGUAGACCUGGCCCACAGGCAGCAGUUGGACCGAACAUUGAGAGUGUUCCUUUUCCUGUAUACCUGGAGGCAGAGGACCGGCUGCGUGACCAGAGGACUCCAAAAUACGUUCCUCCUGUAGAGAAUCUUGUAGUGACCAGGCCAGGAAGGACGAGAACAUCUGUUGGGACUAACUCACGCGCUCACGCUACAUACAGGAGAAGACGACCCAAGAAGAACGUAAUGGCAAAUGUGUGA